AUGCUGUCGCCUGGAUCGUCACGGCCGUCCUUCGGCUCUGCAAGGACAUUGCGGUCGUCCCGUGAGUCUUCGGUGGCAGACGUCUCCAUCUCAGUGUCGUCGAGUGCAUCUUCGAAUUCUUCGGCUACCGUCACCGUUGGCUCCGGCGCAUCAAACGAGCUUGCAACGCCCCUCACUGCUAAGAGCUCCGUCGUGCUGGUGUACCGCAACUGGGUGGGACCUCGCUCCGUCCAAGGCGACAGCGCAUGCUGGCGUGAGGCGCACGUUAUGAAGAAAUGCCCCUCGAACUACGACCGCAACGAGAAGACCAACACGUGGGCCGAAUGCCCCAUUGAGUACCCGGUGGAGUGCGGCAUGGAGUGCAUCCGCCAGAACGACGACUGCGGACGCGAGGUGCUCUACAAGGUCGGUUCCGUGUUCAACGUCGGCAUCAACGGCGUCAUGGACAACUGGUUCGGCAAGUUCUCGGAAAUGGCCAAGGGCGUGCGGACCGCCGUCAUGUGCUCCUGCAUGAUUGUGGGUGAGCUCCGGGCACUUAACCGCUACAUCCGCUCCAUUAAAGCUGGGGACCCCGAGGCGUCUCAAGACAAGAUCAUGGCGCUGCUCUAUCAGUCGAACGCUGUGGUGGUUGAACUGCCUAUUACGAUCAAGCUGUGUAUGGGCGGAAAAACAACCCGCCAAUGGUGGCUGGCGGACUGCAUCAUGGCCACUUCGCAGUUCAUUCUGUCCCAGGUUCUGGCCCACGACGACAGCCUCAUUACGAGUUGGGAGAUCACCAAGGGCGAGAUCGGAUACCUCAAGGACGCUCUCAGGUCCAACUCGACGUGCGGCCACGACCUGCAAGGCCUCAUGGAGCGCACGUGGUCGACCGUCGAGGCCUUGAGGGAGCAGAACCCCGGCAUUACCAAGGACAAGCUGCGCUCCGACGAGAAGACGGCCUACACCACGCGCGACAAGCUGCGCAAGACCUUCGGUGUCGUCAUCAACGACCUCAUCACAACGGGCAAGAGCGACAAUGGCACGUCCUACAAGGCCAUGGAGUACGCGUACAAGGUGGUGAACCAGGGCCUCAACUUCUGGGUCGUCACGGGCUUCGACAUGAGCGGCGUCUCGAGUUUCAUCUCCGAGUACUUCCAGUCCAUCUGCGGCCCGACGCAGUUCAUGGGCGAGAUCGACGAUGGCACGCACCCGGACACGCUGGGGCUCAACAUGACCCAGAAGGCGUUCAUGAACAGCACCAUGUCCUGGACCAAGAAGGGCGACGGCCAGGUGAUCAUCAACUUCCAGAGCACCGACACCAAGAACGUGACGGUCAACAUUAUGUCUGGAGGCGACAAGAUCGACGAAAUCGACGUCGCUGCCUGUGGGAAAGCCACGUGGAAGUCAACUGUGGAGAAGCUGAGCGGCCGGACGCUGUAUCUGGAUCGCUGGCGCCCUGGUUUCCUGGGUCUUCCUGGCACCGGAGGUGCUCUUUGA